AGGCUGACAUGUCGAAGGUUCCUUACUCCUUGCUUCGUGAACUCAACGAUGAUUCGCAAGAUUGGCGUGUACGAGUGAGGGUUGCACGUCUCUGGGAGCAGCGUGAUUUCGCGAGGAUGAUGAAUUAAUUCGUCUCCAUUUCGUGGUAGUCGAUGAGAAGGUAUGCGUUGGAUUUUUUGGAUGUGUAUUUGUAGAUACGUGCAUGUUUUCUUCCUAUGUUUAUUUGUCAUGUUGACGUGAGAUUCUUUGUCAUUCUGUGUAGACGGAUGGUAUUUUGUUCCAAAGGGUCAGAUCGCUAAGUUUAAGGAUGUUAUCAAGGAGGGUUCUGUUUAUUAUCUACAAAAUUUUGAGUUGACAUUGGCAAGAGAUAAUUAUAGGGCAGUUGAUCAUAAGUACGAGAUGAGGUUUACUUCAUGGACAACUAUCAGCGUGAUUGAUCCUGCCCCUCCUGAAUUUCCUUUGCAUGUAUACAAGCUAUGUACUUUUCAGAAUAUAAUGGAAAGUGUCACGGACAAGACCGUUUGGCCGGUACCUUGUUCUCAUGUCAUUAUUGUUGUGUUUUGAGAUUUAGCGGAAUAGGAUUUUUUAUUUAUUUGCAUUCUUUGUUGCUUUGCUAUGUAGAUGUGCUGGGUAUCGUUACUGGUGUGUCAGAGCUUUUAUCUGCGGAUGUGAAGGGCCGGGUUAUAUCCAUGAGAAUUAUUCGCUUGACAGAUACACGGCAUACUGCAAUUGUUUCGUUAUGGAGAACGAACGCGGAGAGGCUGGACACUCAUGCACUCGUUCGACUCAGCGAGCCUGAGCCUGUAAUCGUGCUCAUUAUGGGCUGCACUUUUAGGAUGCAGGAUGCGAUGAUAAGUUUAUUGGCGAGUUUUGGUUCCAAGAUAUGCAUCAAUAUCGCCAAUCGAGAUGUUGUAGCUCUGCGCAACAGAGUGGUUGGCGAUCGUUACUCUAUUGAAUGGAUUGCCGAGCGUGGUCGUCGUUAUAGUUCUAUGGGCAUAGAGAACACGAAUGUUGUUGCUUUGGCCGCUCUCAUACCGCAUAACGCUAUGGUACAUUUUGUUGUACCUUUUUUUUUCCAAUGACUCUGUGUAAGAGAGGCUCAUUUUAUCUGGUUUUCUUUAUCGAAGAAUAAAAUGUUUAUGUGUAAAGUGCAUAUCAAUUCUGUGGCCGAAGGGCAAACCUGGUGGUUUCUUUCAUGUGAUAUCUGUACGUCUAGGGCUGUAGAGGAAGGAGAUGGUUUCAGUUGUACCAAUAGUAACUGUAGCAACCGUACGGCGAGCCCCAGGUAUUAUUAUCGUAUUUUCUUCGUGUUUAAUGAUGUUUUGUAUUUUUCAGUUUAGUUACUUACUAAAAUUCGUGGUUCAUCGCAGGUAUAAACUGGUUCUCUUUGGUGCCGAUGGUGGUGCUAUGAUCGAGAUGGUUUUCUUUGGUCAGAUUGCUGAGGAGUUACUCGGGAAACCUGCUGAUAUUUUAAUGGCGGAUUCAUAUGCUCUCGAGUCUGGUGUCCCAUCGGAGAUUUCUUCGUUGGUAGGGAGGAAUUAUGUUGCCGAUUUGGCUGUUUCGCGGUAUUCUUUUCGGA